AUGUGCCAAGAAUUACAGUGUUCAAGUGAUAAACAACUAAAAAAGGGUCUUGUUUAUAAGGCCAUCAUCAAAGCAACCAAGAAAGGGAUGAUUGAGUUUGUUACUGCUAUUUGGAGCGCAUGUCCUGAACUUGUGUGGGCCGAGGAAGUGUUCACAGGGAGAAACCCAUUUAUGUGCGCCAUUCUAUACCGUCAGUAUGAAAUAUUUCGUCUUCUGUACUGUUUCAGUUUAAAGGACUCAAUAUUAGCGGCAACAGAUGGCGGAGGAAAUAACAUAUUACACAUGGCGGCGAUGACAGAACCUUCCGCCAGACGUAAUACUAUUCCAGACGCAGCUUUUCAUAUGCAAAGAGACCUACAAUGGUUUAAGGAAGUGAAGAGCAUUGUCAGUCCUUCCUUAAUAGAAGCUGAAAACGACGAUGGUUUUACACCUCAAGAUUUGUUUGUAGAGAACCAUAAGGGCUUGGUUGAUCAGGCAAAAAAUUGGAUCAAUGAGACAACCUCUUCUUGCACAGUGCCAGCUAUUUUAAUUGUUAUUACUAUGUUUGCAGCAGCAAUUACAGUUCGAGGUGGUAACAAUCAAAAUACUAGCUUGCCAAUGUUCUUAAAGGAUAAGGUGUUUAUGCUCUUUAUGCUAUCCAAUGCACUGUUCCUAGUUUCUGCCACAACAUCACUAUUAGUGUUUCAUACAAUCACAUCACGUAAUUUAGAGGAAGAUUUACUCAUAUCCUUACCCCAAAAAAUGAUAAUAGGCCUUUCAUCUCUUAUCUUUUCCAUAGCACCCAUGAUGGUCAACUUUUGUACCUCACUUUCCAUUAUUCUAGACGGAAAUUUAUGGGUGGUCAUUCCUAUCAUUUGUCUUGUUACUGUUUCUGUCAUCCUAUUCGCAUGGAAACAAGUUCACCUUCUUCUUGCCAUGGUCGCUUCAACUUAUAGACCAAGAAUCUUCGACAGGAAUGUGAAGCCUUGGAUGUAAGCUAUUUCAUUGUGCGUACUGUUCCUUUAAUAAUUGUAGGGCCAAAAACUAAGCUCUUUUUUUUCUUAGAAAGAUAACUGAUGAACUUUCAGUUUGUGAUUGAUAUCAUGUGUUUUUUUUCUCCCAAUUUAGACCUUUUGUCUUUAAAUCAAAUAAA